UGCCAUCUCCUUUCAACCACCAAAUUUCCCCUCACACGAGUUUAUUUAUUUUUUCCCAUUUACCGUAAAAGAAAAUAUGAGGAGGAAAUGAAAAGAUUGAAAAACAACAAAUAAAUUUCAAGAGAAUAAUAUAUCAGUAACCAGAGGGGGAGAGUGGUGGUUUCAUUUUUGGCGAAAAUUUUACAAACCCAAUAGAGAAGAGAGAAAAAAAAAGGGGAAGCGGAGAGGAAUGGAGACUGCCUUCUGUGGGAGAAUCGGUCUCUCACCCAAUCCCGUCUUCAAUCCCAAGCCAGGGGAUAAACACUCUCUAUGUCGAGGAAGAUGUAGCGUUCGUGGAAUUCUCAUGGCAGUAUCAGCAGCAGCGCCAGGUAAAGGGGGAGGUGUACUUGACAGACCAGUGAUUGAGAAAACCACUCCUGGCCGUGACUCUGAGUUUGACUUGAGGAAAUCGAGGAAAAUGUCACCCCCUUAUCGCGUGAUGUUGCACAAUGACAACUUCAACAAACGGGAAUACGUGGUCCAAGUUUUGAUGAAAGUUAUACCCGGGAUGACAGUGGACAAUGCGGUGAACAUAAUGCAAGAGGCACACUACAAUGGCCUAGCUGUGGUGAUUAUUUGCGCUCAAGCUGACGCGGAGGACCAUUGCACGCAGCUGAGAGGAAACGGGCUGUUGAGUUCAAUUGAACCUGCCAGCGGUGGAUGUUGAAUGAGGCAGUGAGGCCAGAUCCAGAAUGAUAAGAUUUCUCUCGAGGUUGCUUCUCUACAGUGUCUAUGUUAGUUCUAUUGGAUAGUGUGUGUAUAUAUGAAAACAAGACUGAAAAUGAUAAGAAUAUGUGGUGUAAUACUUGUAACUUCCAAUGAGUUAGAUGCAAAAGUGGUGG